GCACAUACAAAGACAGCUCAGUCCUAUUACAAGCAUCCCUUUCUUCUCGAUGCUCGAGAGCUUCUCUCUAAUGGGGGCUUCUCGCAUCUGCUUCUCCUUUGUGGCUUUCCUCAUCUGCAACUUGUUGUCAAUUCAUGGAGUCCAAGCAUCCCACCAGGUCUUUCAGGAGCUCAUGUCCGUAUCACCAAACUCUUCAGCAAACCAGCUCCACAGAACCGGCUACCACUUCCAGCCACCGAUGCAUUGGAUAAAUGGUGAAACUUUACAAGAUCAUCUUUCAUUCAACUGUUCAUACACCUGAAAGCAUUUUCUAACACGUUAACUCUUCUGUUUCUUAUGUUCUAAAUAAUGAUGGUGGCAUGUGUUUGGAAAAAACCAGAUCCCAAUGGGCCUGUGUAUUACAAGGGACUCUACCAUUUUUUCUACCAGUACAACCCAUAUGGUUCCAUAUGGGGAAACAUCAUUUGGGCUCACUCAAUAUCCACAGACCUGAUCAACUGGUUCCCUCUUGAGCCUGCACUCGUCCCCUCUGAGCCAUUCGACAUAGCUGGCUGUUGGUCUGGUUCAGCCACCAUCCUACCAGGGGAGAAACCGGCCAUCCUGUACACAGGACUGAACUCAUCAAACGUCCAACUCCAAAACAUCGCCUUCCCCAAGGACCCAUCCGACCCUUUCCUCAGAGAAUGGGUGAAGCCUUCCUACAACCCUGUGAUGGCCCCUACAACCAGUAAUGGCAUCAACGCUAGCGCCUUCAGGGACCCGACCACCGCCUGGCUCGGCCCGGAUGGGAUGUGGAGAACCCUUGUGGGGAGCAAAGUCGAUCAGAAAGGAAUAGCCAUCCUCUAUAGGAGCAGUGACUUCAUUAACUGGACGAUGGUCCUGGAGCCCUUGCAUUCCUCCGAGGGGACGGGGAUGUGGGAGUGCCCUGACUUCUACCCUGUUCCUGUUAAUGGAACCGUUGGACUGGACACCUCUGUUACGGGCCCCCGUGUCAAGCAUGUUCUCAAGGUGAGCCUGGACGACAAGAAGAUCGAUUACUACACUGUUGGGACGUACUUGCACCGAGAAGACAAGUAUGUACCGGAUAACACGUCUCCCGACGACGCCACCGGAUUCCGGUACGACUACGGGAAGUUUUACGCGUCUAAGACGUUUUUCGACAGCCAGAAGAAUAGAAGAAUCCUUUGGGGAUGGAUCAAUGAAUCGGACAGUUUCGAGAAUGAUGUUCACAAGGGUUGGGCCGGUGUACAAGCGAUCCCAAGGAAGGUUUGGCUUGAUGAGAGUGGAAAGCAGCUUGUUCAAUGGCCGGUUGAAGAGUUAGAAGGUUUGCGCGGAGAGAGAGCCAGUGUUCAUAAUAAACGUAUCGAAAGUGGGUCGACGGUCCAAGUUAAAGGUGUUCAGGCUUCACAGGCAGAUGUUGAAGUGUCUUUCCAAGUGGACGAUUUGAACAAGGCAGAGGUGCUGGACGAUCCAGACCUGCUGGUUAACCCACAAGGGAUAUGCAGCGAGAAAGGUGCUGCUGUUAAGGGCGGGGUCGGCCCCUUUGGCCUCUUGCUUUUCGCCUCCCACGACUUGCAAGAGCAAACCGCUGUUUUCUUCCGCGUCUUCAAGCGCCCAAACAGCAACCACCUUGUUGUCGUCAUGUGCAGCGAUCAAAGCAAGUCAACGCUUGAAAAGGACGUGGACAAAACAACAUACGGAGGAUUCGUUGACGUCCACAUAUCUGAUGGCCACAUCUCACUGCGAACUCUGAUCGAUAACUCUAUUGUGGAGAGCUUUGGUGGCGGUGGGAAGACGUGCAUUACUGCAAGAGUGUAUCCAAAGCUGGCAGUGGGAAAUGAUGCCAGGCUCUAUGUCUUCAACAAUGGCUCCUCCGCUGUCACCCUCUCCAAAUUAACCGCAUGGUCCAUGAGGAAGCCUUCCAUUAACUGACCUUCCAAGGCAAUCAAAGCUACUUCUUUCUUCUUCUCAUGGUUGCUAGAUAAAAUUGGGGGAACUAGUGCUUAGUACGUUGAACGCUUAAGAUUUCCCCACAUCCUGUGGAGGUGUGCCAGCCAAAAGAAUUAUCUUCUUAUCUUAGUUUUUCUCAAUAAGGUUACGUUUGAUGGCCCCAGAUCUUAGAUCCAGGGAUGGCUUCAUGGAUAGAAUUAAAAUUAGAUAUGCUUUUUUUUUUUUUUUUUUUAAAGUAGAAGUUACUAGAAUUCAUAUCAAAAUCGAUCUUGAUCA